AUGAGUGCUUUCUUUCAGAACGCCGGCAACAAUCCCUGUGAUCCUUUUGAAGAAUCCGAAAUUCAAUGCCUCGUGAAUGAACACGUCCAGAUGGCUGUCAAUGUUAGUUCGGUGGAUGAAGUACAUGCCAGCCUUGACUUUUUCCGUGAGCACAAUGUCCGAAUCAUAAUCAAAAAUACAGGACAUGAGUACAUGGGGAAAUCGGCACCGGCACGCGGGACAUUGCCAUCGUCUGAAGUGAUCCCAAACUAUCAAAGUCAAAACCACAACGGUAGUGCACUUCGCCUUGGUGCAGGUAUUAUGGGAUCGGAUGCGGUGAGGGUUGCUCAUGCGAACGGGCUGCGCAUCGUAGCAGGGUUCUGCCCGAGUGUUGGCAUUGCUGGGGGUUACAUCCAAGGCGGAGGACAUGGUCCAUUGAGUUCAUCAAAUGGGAUGGCGGCAGACCAGGCACUGGAGUGGGAGGUUGUGACAGCAGAUGACCGACACAUAAUCGCUUCGCCGACUCAACACACCGAGCUGUACUGGGCUCUCGGCGGGGGCGGUGGGGGUGUUUUUGCAUUUGUCAUAUCUGUCAUCGUCCGGGCAUUUCCCGAUGAGGUACCUGUGGGAGGCGCCAGUAUGGUCAUAUCCCGACAAGAUCAGGCCAAUGAUGAUGCCUACUGGGCCUCCUUUGCAGCCUGGCAAGAAGAACUCCCAGCUCUCUUGGGCUACGGGACCACAGCCGGUUAUGCCAUCUUAAAUGACGCUUUUUUUGUGCAUCCUAUCACAAUAGAGGGAAUUCAGACUGCUGCCGAGAUGGAGACAUUGCUCGCCCCACUAAAGUCACGGCUCGAUGACAUGCACAUACGGUACACAUUGCGGGUCAGCUCUGAGGGCAACUUCUACACCCAUUACCGCAAAUACCAAGGACCCUUGCCUUGGGGCUUUCGCGUGCGGAGCAGAUGA